CGUAAGCGCGCGCGUUCUUUUUUCAAGUUUAGUGAUCAGUUAAAGUAAAAACGACUAUAUUACUUGUUUUUAAGUUUUAAAAGGGAUAUUUAAGUUUAAUCUUUGUUUUAAUAUGUGUUUUGUGUCUUAGUGUAUCGAUAUCUUGUUUCGUACGGAUGGUUUGUGUUUCUUUGUGAGGAUGACGAAGAAUCAUACGUGGAAAACGACAUUAGAAACUGCCUUUUCGAUGAUGAUUGAAUAGAUGUCAGUUUCAAAUACGCGGGAGUCCAUCUUUAUUUACCUGUAAAGAUUAUCUCAAAAAUUAUUGCUGCAGAAGCGUCAAUCAAAUUUCGAAAAAGCCAAUGACACCAACAAAAAGUCAUACUAGUCCAAACAUUUUGAACAUAUCAUGAAGAAAAAAGAUCAUGCAAUUUGUUUUUGAAGAAUAAUGCGUCAACAUUUUGAAUAGUAAUUGGCGUCGCCGUUCAAGUUCAAUCGAUUUCGUUUGUUAGUAUAUUUGUCAUAUAUGAAGGUGGAUAAUAUAAACACAAUGUCAGUCAGCAAUGACCUGAGUGACACAGACUCCUCUCCGAAAUUACGGAUGAAGCCAGCUAUCAGCAGGAUAUUCUGCUGCAGCGUGACAGCAGCCUCAGGUUUUGUUGCCGCUUAUGCUCUGGUAGCAUACGCGAUAGCUUUAAUCUACGAGAUAGUUUGGGUGGUGGAGUCGCAGAGCGGAUUGCCGAUACCAUCUGUUUUAUUGAUGAUCUGCUAUUGCAUCAUUAUCGCGGCCACAGUCACCUUGGUCCAUGGCCUCAUAUCGAAAAACAACACAUACCUACUGGCGUGGCUGAUCGCAGUCAUACUGGUGUUGAUACCAGAAUGUGCUCUAGUCUUCUAUAUGUCCAUCAGCCAUUGGGGGCUGCAGGGCGUGUACGGCGGCGCGGAGCUGGCGUGCUACGUGGCGCGCCUGCCCGCCGUGGUGUGCGGCGUCGUGCUCGUGCAGUCCGCCUACGCGCUGCGGGAGGCCAGAAAAGGUGAAUAUGGCAACACAGUACCGGUGAGCGGCAGUGAGUUCGAUGCCAGUCACUUCGUGCCAGACACGCCCAGCGCUUUUACCAAUGAUGGUUUCUUGGCUGAUAACGGUAAAUCAGGUUCGAUGCCAGAUCUCCGUCGUCACUUGGCGUCCCGGCAAUCGAUGAACAUGGGCUACCCGAUGAUGUUGCCGCAGCCUCCGCCAGCCUACUGGCAACACCUCGCCGAUCGGCAAUACGCCGCCAGUCUGCGAGGAUACCCUAAAUCCUUCCCCCAACCGCAAACUUACGGUACCUGGGUUGGCCCAAGAACCGGACCCCUCGAUAACCCCUACAAGAGGAGACAUUCUGUCGUGGGUGCGUUCAAUAGCGAUGAAUAUCCCGCCAAGGGCUACGAGUUCGAAGACAGGAUGGAUUGCAAAAGUGAAAUGGCGUAUCCCUACCGACAAUAUAUGUACGAUCCCCGAAUGUUCCCUCCAGAUUAUGACCCCAGGUUCUUCCAAGACUUCAAAAGAGAGGAUCCGUAUGGAAUGAAUCUGAGACACGAUCCUUACCAUUUCAGUGGAUCGAGGGAGAGGGUGUACUACGGCAUGAGGAACAGUCACAAUUCGGUGGGAAACGAAUCCGAUGACUUGACGAAAUAUAAAGAUGUCGCCCUGUAGAAAAAUCCAUAGACUGAUUUCAUGUUAAUC